CACUUGUAGUUCUGACUAUUUCCGCUAGGAGCCGGUGUUGUAUAACGGCGGAUCUUUUCAUGCUGUGACCGCCUGUGCUCUUUGGUUUUCUGGGUUCGUUUCCGGAUGUUUGGCUAGUGUGGAAGCAAGAAUGGCUGCGAUGUUUACGUGUUGUUUUGGCUGCUGCGGAGAAGGCGGUUCGGGGCAUGUUCCCCUCAAAGAGAUGCCCACUGUUCAGUUAGACACUCAUCACAUGGGCACUGAUGUUGUGAUUGUAAAGAGCGGCCGGAGGAUAUGUGGCACUGGGGGUUGCCUUGCCAAUGCUCCGUUGCACCAGAACAAAAGUUAUUUUGAGUUUAAGAUCCAGUCCAGCGGUGUUUGGGGAAUUGGUGUGGCCACUCAGAAAGUGAAUCUUAACCAAGUGCCUUUGGGCAGAGACGCCAACAGCCUGGUUCUGAGGCAUGAUGGGUCUGUCUACCACAAUAACGAAGAGAAGAACCGGCUACCUGCAAACAGCCUUCCACAGGAGGGCGACAUUGUGGGCAUGACAUAUGACCACGUGGAGCUGAACUUAUAUCUUAAUGGGAAGAACAUGCAUUGUCCUGCGUCAGGGAUCCGAGGCACCGUGUACCCCGUUGUUUACGUGGACGACAGUGCCAUCUUAGACUGCCAGUUUAGUGACUUCUACCACACGCCUCCACAAGGAUUUGAGAAGAUUCUCUUUGAGCAGCAAAUCUUCUGAAUGAACACUUCAGCUGCUGAUUGUGUUGCUGACCUCCUCUGAGUUUUAUCACAAUCUGUGACACUACAGUUCGCCCUUGAUCAGAUAUUAUCGUUAUAUGUGGCUUGAGUGUGUUUCAUGUCUAUCUACCAGUUUCCCUUUUCUUUACUGCUGCUCUGAACCAGGGGGUUGUGAGUUUUACUCCCCUGUUGUUACCAUCUGCCCUGGUAGAAAACUGUAAAGAAGUUGCCUUGUGAGUGUGUGGUGAUGAAACUACGAACAACUCUCGUUAGCUGCUUACAUCACUGUGUGUAUAUAGAUACCAGACAGUGGCUGUAAUGGUCAAGUGUUCCCAUUUUCAGGAUCAGAAGCCAUGUUUACUAAUUCAUUCACUCCCUUGUAACCUGCUAAAGCUUUAGACAUCAGCAUAUAUCCUGUAUUUAUUUCUGUUGAUUUCACAUUAAAAUCGAGGGGACUUUUUUUGGACCAGCAGUUGUUGGGUUAAUAAAGGUUGAGUGAUAAAAAGCCAGAAGACUAAGGUGUUGUUUGUGUAACGAUCUGGGUUUAAACACGGUUUCGUACUAACAGCCGUAGAGCAGUUAACAUUCCAGGUGACACUGUGGUCUGAUGGUGCUGAAUUAUGAGCUAGAAAGUGUUAAUGAGUUGAGAUUUCUUUUCAGAUCACCCUUCUAACUAAUCCUUCUCAUAUCCUGUUAAUUUAUUCAGAAGCUGAUGCUAGUUGGGUCUGAUUGGACAGAUAUCUACAGUUGUCACUAUGUUGUGUUAUUGUGCGAUGCGUAUCUGCUGCUGAAGUGUGACAGUCAAAUAUUUCAACUGCUUGUCUUUGCACUAAUGUUGUACAGAUCCAAAUAUUGUUGAUCCAAUAAACAUUUGUUUUUGGAGGUGCAA